CCUGGCUCCCAUCCUCACCUCACGACCCUCCGUCUCUCCUCUCCCUUCCUGCUUGCGCGCCGCCGCAUCCGAUACCCACACGCCACGCCGCGCCGCUGCUGCACCCUGCCCCGCCGCCCGUCCCACGUCUGCCCAGCAUGGCCGCCGUCGCUCAGACGCCCCACACGCCGCUCGAGGGCUAUGUCGGCUUCGACUCGAUCACCUCGCAGAUUGAGGCCAAGCUGCUGAAGCGCGGUUUUGCGCUCAACAUCAUGGUCGUCGGCCAGACGGGCCUCGGCAAGUCGACGCUUGUCAACACCCUCUUCAGCAGCCACCUCAUCGAGUCCAAGGGCCGCCUGGAGUCGCACGAGGCGGUGCGCAAGACGACGGAGAUCCACCCCGUCUCGCACCUCGUGAUUGAGAACGGCGUCAAGCUGCGGCUGAACAUCGUCGACACGCCCGGCUACGGCGACCAGGUGAACAACGACAACUGCUGGGACCCGAUUGUCAAGUACAUCAAGGACCAGCACAGCGCCUACCUGCGCAAGGAGCUCACCGCCAUGCGUGACCGCUACAUUGCCGACACGCGCAUCCACGUCUGCCUCUUCUUCAUCAACCCCACCGGCCACGGCCUGCGGCCGAUUGACGUGGCCGUGAUGAAGAAGCUCUCGGACGUCGUGAACGUCGUGCCCGUCAUUGCCAAGUCGGACAGCCUGACGCUCGACGAGCGCGACCUGUUCAAGGAGCGCAUCCGCGCCGAGAUGCAGUACAACAACAUCCGCGUGUACCCCUUCGACAACGAGGAGUACGAGGACGAGGAGCGCGAGCUCAACGAGCGCAUCCGCGCUCUCAUUCCCUUCGCCGUCGUCGGCUCGGAGAAGCAGGUCGUCAUCGACGGCAAGUCCGUGCGCGGCCGCAAGAACCGCUACGGCGUCAUCAACGUCGAGAACGAGAACCACUGCGAGUUUGUCUACCUGCGGAACUUCCUCACAAGGACGCACCUGCAGGACCUCAUUGAGACGACGGCGCACAUCCACUACGAGCAGUUCCGCUCGAAGCAGCUGCUGGCGCUCAAGGAGUCCAGCUCGCGGCAGCAGGCGCAGCAGCAGGCACAGCAGUCGAACGGCGUCUAAGCGCCGCGAUGCUGGCGCGGCGAUGCCCGUGCGGUCUGCCCUGUUCUUUGCGACGUCACGUUUCCCACUCUUGGCCGCUUCCUCUCCCUGCCCCUCGCUCAGCGAGCGAAUGCAAUGACCUUAUGCCCCAGA